CGGCCACCCGCGCUCCCCGCUGCGUCGCCGCCAUCACGGCGGGGGCCUGGGCCGGCGAGGGGAGGACGGGGAUGGCGAGGCCAGCCCCGGGAGGACGCUCCGGGGCAGGAGCGCGGCGGGAGGGCGGCCGAGGCGCGACCUCAGCCCGGCGGCUUGGGGCGUCGAGGGCGAGGGAAGCAUGUGCCGGGGGCAUGGCGGGGCGGCCCGGGCGGGGGGCGGCGGGGCUGGGGGCGCGGUGGCGGGGGCGGGGAGGUGGAGCCUGGCUGCGGGGACCGCCGCUUCCCUCCCCCGUCGGCCCCUCACCUGGCGGGGCCGCCCCUCGCCAGGGGGCCGGUUCCACGCGGGGCGCAGGCCUCGCCCGCCGGCCCUCCCCGUUGCCGCCGCCGCCGCCGCCGGGCCCCGCGUCCGCCGCCAGCCGGCUCAGGCCCCAGCCGCCGCCGCCGCCUCCCCCUCCAUGGCCGCCGCUCUCGCCGGCUGCAUUGUGGGAAGCUGACCUCACUCGCUGCUGCCGCCGCCCCGCCGGCUCCGGCACUCGCCGCCAUGGGGGCCGUGACCGACGAUGAAGUUAUCCGCAAGCGACUCCUGAUCGAUGGUGAUGGUGCUGGUGACGACAGGCGGAUCAAUUUGUUGGUGAAGAGUUUCAUUAAGUGGUGUAAUUCCGGAUCUCAAGAGGAAGGUUACAGCCAGUACCAACGAAUGCUGAGUACUUUAUCACAGUGUGAAUUUUCAAUGGGGAAAACUCUACUGGUGUAUGAUAUGAACCUGAGAGAAAUGGAAAAUUAUGAAAAAAUCUAUAAGGAUAUAGAAAAUAGUAUAGCUGCAGCACAUGAGAAGAUUUCUGAAUGCAAAAAACAAAUCCUGCAAGCAAAAAGGAUUCGAAAAAAUCGCCAGGAAUAUGAUGCAUUGGCCAAAGUCAUACAGCACCAUCCAGACAGACAUGAAACACUGAAGCAGCUAGAAGCUUUGGGAAAAGAACUGCAACAUCUUUCUCACAUUAAAGAAAAUGUCGAAGAUAAGUUGGAGCUGAGAAGAAAACAGUUUCAUGUUCUCCUGAGCACUAUCCAUGAACUUCAGCAAACCCUGGAAAAUGAUGAAAAACUUUCAGAAGCUGAAGAAUCUCAAGAAACUCAGAUGGAAACAGAGACCAAACAGUAGAUGUAAUAUGAAGACUGACUAUACUAUUGAAGAAUGUCCAAGUGUCUUCACUUUGUGAUGAAACCAACAGUAAGAGAGACAGAGCCGAAAAAUAGUUUUCUACUGCUUCUGUGAAUUUUUAUACAAAAAUACUUGUUUGCUUAUGCUUCGGGGGAAAACAGUUGCAGAUCUGUGCAGACAGGCAAUUUGCAUUGAUCAAAAAACUUUGUAAUUUGUGACAAGAAAUAUAUUUUGUUUUACAAAGGAUGAAGCUUCUGCACAGUACUUGUGAACUAUGGUGUUUGCAAAACAUUGUCAAUAAAAGGUGUUUACAAAGA